AUGUGGAGAUCAAGAAAUGUUUUCAUUCGUAUGACAAAUGAGCAAGAUUUCGUCAAAGCAAUUUCUCGUGAAUCUUGUGAAGUAAAUGGGAUUCAGUAUCGCGUUUUUCACUGGAAUCCAGAGUUUAAUGAAGAUGAGGAGCCGUCUUUGGUCCCAGUUUGGAUUGUGUUGCCGGGGCUUCCUCCAAAUUUCUAUCAUGAAUCUUUUCUAAAGAUUUUUACUGCUCCGAUUGGUAAGUUUAUUAGAAGAGAUAAUACAACCAAAUGUGCAACUCACACGGAUGGAGCUCGUUUAUGUUUGGAGAUGGAUGCAUCAAAAGAGCCAAUUUCUUAUUUUUGGAUUGGGAUGCCUGGAUCGGGACGCAAGCAAGAAAUCAUUUAUGAGACGCUUCCAGCGUUUUGUACUCAUUGUAAAAUUCAAGGGCACAAUGAUCGUACCUGUAAAUUGCAUAAUCGGAGAGAUGGAGAAAAGAUUUGGAUAAGAAAGAAUGUAAAAGAUUUUGAAGAAAAAAAAAUAGAGAUACAAGCGGAAAAUAAUGUUGAGUUGGAUAAAGGCAAGGGAGUGAUGAUGAUGGACGCAGGAAUGGCUCAAGGAGAUACGGAAAAAAUAGUUUUGUCGCAGGAUUAA